GAGGGGAGGGGGGGGGGGGGCCUUGGACCAGCUUGCAAUUUAUCAGUCCCUUUCUGUCAGCCGCCCGCUGAACACUGUGAGCUGUGAGAGUUGAUAUGUUUUCCCGCCAUGCCGUGGGGCAGCGGGUGGGCUCCGCGUGUUAUUUUUUGAAUGGAUUUAAGUUUUAUAAGAAUAAAGAAAAAAAUGGGAAGGUUUAUUAUAAUUGUUCUCAAAAGUUCAAGGGGUGCAAGGCUACGGCCUCAUCCGAGGUAAACAACAGUAACUUGGUGCCUGUGGAGGAGAGUCACAACCAUUCUACCGAUUCAAAACAGGAAGAGGCCAAGGAACUCAUUAAAACCAUAGUUGAUGAUUGUAUCGCCAGCCCAAGGCAAACGAUUCAUGCUGUUUUCAACAAGCACAUGGCAAAGAUCGAUGAUGGAGAAUUGAUACAACUGGUCACAGUAAAAAAAGUAAGAGACCAGUUAAGGUACAAAAUGGCACGACCACCCCGUCCGGAUUCUCUCUAUCAUGCUGCAAGGUUGCUGGAGGAGAAUGGAAGAUGGGGUCGGACUUCACUGGAUGAAGAAGAACUUUACAGAGGGUCAUGUGGGACAGCAGCAGAUACUUCAUUGAUUUUUGCUUCCAACAGAAUGCUGUCCAUUUGCAAUUCCGGCGACACAUUUGCUGCUGACGGAACUUUUUACAGUGUCCCAAAUGUGCCAGGGGGCAAGCAAAUUUUCAUCCUGGCUGUGUUCCAGUUUGGGCAGGUUUGGCCUCUGGCGCUUAUCAUUAUGGGAUCUAAAAGCCAAGUAGCGUACCAAGCAGUCAUGGAGAAAUUGAGGGACCUUGGUAUCAAGCCAAAAAAAAUGAUUACAGACUGGGAGCCAGCCCAACGGAAUGCUUGGAGAAAGAUUUUCAAAGCAAUUGAUAUUUGGGGCUGCAUAUGGCAUUUCCAGAGGACCUUGUGAAGAACAACUCAGUAAUGAUGUUGGAGAUAAGAAAAGAAGAGGAGAUAAGAAGAGGACAGCAGAAAGCUACCAAGAAGAAUCUCCGAUUCAACACAAGAGACGUAGAGUAAUGCGACUGGUGUCAGAAA